AUGAAUGCGUGUUCAUGGGGUCAAAACUUUGCAAAAAUGACUCGAAGAUUUUAUUCACCGUCUCAGACAACAUUGGGGAGAUACCGACUAUGCGCGUCUUCCAGGUCAAAGCGAAAUGCAAUUGCAAAUUUCAGCAGCUUUGCUACCCCCAAUGGUCAUCACCUAACAUGCAAAAAGGCUCUCAAAUCACGUUUUAUUGCAUUUUCUACCUCUUCUUCGGCGCUAAAGAACUCUUCUACCUCCUCCUCAAACGUAUCUAGUUCAGCUGAUACUUCGUCAUCUUCGAAGGCCAGAUAUGACGCGCUCAAGGCACAACAUAGUGGCACCGAAUCAUUGUUGAACACCCAUAUGAACCGUGCUGCUCAGUCUAGAGCGACUGCUGGACGACCUGGUUCUGAUGGAGUCUUCUACCUGGGAAUACGGCCAGGUGACCAGGAGUUGCCAAAAGGAUAUAAAAAGUGGAAGGAACUAGGAGUUGGUGGAAAAGGUUCGCUUUUUCCUUCAUUGGGUGCAGAAGCGACUGGCUGA